AUGGAACACCCAUCUUCACCUUCUGCUAACCCCAGCCCACCACCACCACCACCACCACCACAAUCACCACCAAGCCCACCACCGGCACCACAAUCGCCACCACCACCUUCACCACCACUACCCCAAGACCAAACACCCUCCCUUAUCCCGCCAACACCUCUCACACCACAAUAUAAAGCCGCCAUUGAAACCCCCAUCCUAGCCCUUGCCAUCGAAACCCCUAUUGAAACACCCACUACUGAAAUCCAAGUUCAAGAACCAAUGCCUGAACCUGCGCCAACUCAAGCCAAACCUAAAACCAAAACCAAAAUGGCUGCAGAGCCAGUUAGUAAGAGAACAAGCUCAACAUCAUCGAUUCCAUCACCAGUUGCUCCAAUUCCUACAUUUCAGUCACCCUUAACAUCUUCUCAGCCUACUAGUGCUUCGGUAGCACCUUUAGCAUCUGCCGAUGAUAUAGAGGAGAUUUUAGCCUCCAAGCCCAUUGCAGCAAAUAAAUAUAUGCAUGAGCAAAUUUUAAGAGAAUUAGGAAUUUAUGAUUCUGUGUUUGCUUAUUUAGAUGCUAUCAAUUGGACUGAGUUUGCUAGGAUUAGGGAACCAGUGUAUAAAGAAUUAACUUUGGAGUUUUUGAGUUCCCUAAGGUUGAAUUUCAAACCUACUAUCCCUGGUCAUAGAGAUGUAAUCUGCUUUAGAUGUGCUGGUAUUGAUAGAGAGUUAGAUAUGGGCUCUAUGAGUGCAAUCUUUGGUUUUCAAGAUGUUGGAUAUAAGAGCAUUGAGUGGCAACAAACCAUCUAUAAUCCUAUUAAGUUCUGA